UGCAAAUUAUUCGCAAAAAUUCAAAUUCUUAUCAUAUUUUUACACUUGAACACGAGUAAAAACUUUUGGCAAUGUUGUUAGUAUUACCAGAAUUUUCGAUUCCACGUGUGGUGUCACUUCGAAGCUCAAGGCAGUGAAGGUUCGUCGCUCUGGUAUUGUUGGUUCGGAUUUAGCCGAAGCCCCGAGAGAUAUCGUACGGUUAACUAAGUUUGUAAGACUAAGGCCGUAAGAGGAUUAAAAAAGAAGCAAAAUUUUGAUUAUCAACAUACCGUAACAGAAUUACCAAAUUUUUUAUCGAUAAGCUGUGGGUUGAAACUGUCGAAUGGAAGUAUGAAGCCCGACAAGUCAGAUAGAGACGAAAUUUUGACUUUAUUUUGGAAGCUUUCAACUCCCGACGACAAAACAAGAAUUUCAGCAUCCGAAAAGAUUGUUCUGAUUUUGUUAGAAUGUCAAAACCGUCACGUUGUCCCUGAUGAUGACGUGGACAAUAUUUGGUGUGCUGAUGUUAAAUAUGCAAUAGGGAGAUUAAUUCAUGGACUUGCAUCUGAGAGAAAAGCUUCUCGGCUUGGAUUUUCUUGUGCACUCACUCAUCUUCUUAAAAAACUCGAAGUUAAUGAUGAUCCAACAAUUCAAAAAGUCCUAAAAUUAGUUGAAGAAAAUCUGAAAUCAUCUAAGGAUGGGAGUGGUGAAAAAGGAAUUCUUCUGGGAAAAGUUUUUGCUUACCUAGCCGUUAUCCAGUCAUGCAAACUGGAAAAAGCUCCCAAGUCUGUUAAAACUGUGUUUGAUGGACUGAUGAAAUACAGCAAUUUCAAAUCAUAUUUGAGGCAGAUCUGUUUUCAUGGAAUUAAAGAGUUAAUAGAGAAGGUUUCAAAUGACAUAUUUGAUUCAGUCAUAUGGGAUUCUCUCAGUCAGUUACUUGGGGAUGGAUGGGAAAAAUGCGAUGCAGAAAUAUUCGAAGUUUUGCAGUCUUGUUGCAACUACCAAUCAGAAACUUGUGGAAAAUCUUUUCUUAAAGCAAAUAAAUGGAUUAGUCAAAAGUCCAAGAAGGUUGAGCUUAUAGGUUCUCACAGUUACAAAUAUCUUGGAAAGAUGUUUUCUUCAACCACACAAUGUCAUCCUAGGAUUCAUCCAUUGUGUUAUGAAGUUAUAGAAAACGUUGUGAAGUCUGACACAGAAACAUUCAAAAAAUUUUGGAAAGAAUCUAUCGAUGAUGGUUUGCUUGAUUCAUCACCUGAAAGAAAAUACUUAGCUUUCAAAUUGUCGAUAUUCACUCUUCCAUUAGUUCGAGAAGACCAGGUUUCUACAGUAUGGUCCUCUCGAUUAGUUACGAGUUUGUUUUAUGUUUUGGUGAAUAAAACAAAUCCUUUACAUGCGGUAUGCAAAACAGAAAUUAUUGAUGAAUUAUCAGAAAAAAUUAAAGAUGAAAAAAUGACUAUGAAGAAGCAACUUACUGUGCUUUUCCAGUUAUUGACCAGUCCCGCAGGUUUAUUCUUGGAUGAAAACACCAAUACACGGUGUUUACAAUCUGUAUCAGGAUCUCUUCAUGUCGAUGCUGUAGAGAAGUAUAUUGAAUGGUUGAAAAAGGUUUUCAUGUCGGGGAAACUUGAUUAUGAAGGAAUUAAGGAAGUCACUUUGGAUACUGCAAGAAGAUGGAGUAUGACUCAGUUAUCACAUCUUAUACGUAACUCUCGUUUACCAAGAAAGGAUGGAUGGGUUUUCUCAGCUUUCAAGUUUUUGUUUCUUCAUUAUCAUUUUGACAUUUGCAGUAUUAAAGCGGGAAAACUUCCUGAUCUAUCUGGUAUGGAUGAAUCUUUUGUUCCAAUAACUGGAAAGACUAGAGAGCAUCUCAAACAUUGUCUUGAUCCUGCACUGAAUGCAAUAAACAGUAUGCCUUCCCUACAGAUUGGGGCUUCUUCAAAGCACAGAUUCAAUGGGACAGAUAGUAAUGGAGAAUUCUUUAUUUACAAACUGAUCAAAUUCACUAAUGAAUUGCUGUUGAAACACAAAGCAAGAUUGAUCACACCGAUGGACGAUACAUGCCAACAAAUGUGGAAAAACAUGAUUGAAAAAAUAGAACAAAUAUUAAAAAUUGAAGAAAAAGAUGAACCCAGGAAAACAGAGGGUACAGCUCUUCGACUGUUACUUGCUCAUAUUGGAAUCAAACUUCUCAAUACAACUGUUGAGGAAAGUGCUAGUGCUCGUGAAGUUUUGACUGAUUUGUUUCAAGUCGUUGAUGAACGUUUUGGAGAUGGAAAUGUUGAAGCAUAUGAUGACAAUUUGUCUGAAGUUACGUGGGUGGAGGUUAUCAUUGAGACUAUACUAAGUAUGUUAUCACAAAAUUCACACAGCAUAAGAUCUGUUGCUGAUCAAGUGUUCAAAUUAUUAAGCAUACAACUCACAAGGAAAGGUCUUCAUUUGAUACUUGAUGUGUUAGACCCAGACCGAAAAAAGAACAUUUUACUUGAUGAAGAUAAUGCUGAGGAUGACGACGAUGAGAGUAAUGAAGAUGAUGACAAUGAUGAAAUGGAAGAUGAAGAUGAGGAAUCAAGUGAUUCUGGAGAUUCUGCAUUCAACGAUGAAGAUGUUUCGGAUGAAAUAAAAGAAGAUGAAGUAGAUGAUGACAGCAAGUUCAGAAAAGAAGUCAAACAAGCACUCGGUGAUGCUGCGGUGUCAUCGGAGGAAGAACAGGAAGCAGAAAACAAUGAUGAAGAAGAAUCUGAUUCUGGUCCUGAAAUGGAUGAUGAAGCAAUGAUGAGAAUUGAUAAUGUAUUGGCUGAAGUAUUCAGACAGAAAAAGCUAUCCAAACGAAAAGUUGAGCAAGAUUCUCACAAGCAGUUACUGGUCUUUCAACUACGUUGUCUCGAUCUGAUUGAAAUCAUGGCAAAUAGGAGACAUUCACAGGAACAUGAUGUUGUCGAUUCUGACUGUCUUAUCUUAGAAGCUGUUCGACCUCUAUUGGUUGCGAUCCAACAUGCAUCAAGAAAUGCGACUGACAUGACGCUGGCUGAGAAAGCUUCAGUUCUUUUAAGAGUCAAGAUCUGCAAGAUGAAGAGAUAUCCAAAACAUCUUCAGCCAGAGACUAUCUCACGUUGUCAUGAUGAUAUUGAGGCCAUGAUGGGAAUAGCAAAGAAGGCACAAAGUGUUUUUAUGUGUCAACUUGCAUCAGAUUGCUGCUUGUUCCUUAUUCGUGUUCUAAGUGGAAAUUCACCCAAAGAAGGGGAAGAUCAAGGUACUGGGGUUGUUGAUGUUCAAAGAAUACAGAAGAUAUACAAGGAUGCAUUAGAAAAUUUCAUGACGCAUCGAGAAAGUCACCUUCAACCUUGUGUUAUGCAAGAUUUUAUUUCAAGAUUUCCAGCAUUAGCAGCAAAUCUUGCUUCUGACUUGCUCAAAUACACGAAAGAUGGAGUUCAAGUUUAUAGAAGGUCAAGAGCUUGCUUCAUGUUGUAUGAACUUUUGAAGAGUCCAGCUGGAAGAGAUAAAUGUAAAGUACUUUUGUAUCAACUCGUUUCUGUAACCAAUGAACUGAUUGAAAAGGCAGCAACUUUGUCUGGUCAUGACCUGAAGACAAAGUACUUUGUAGAAGUUAUGAGACUCUAUCAUCAAGCUAUACUCAUACUGCAUUCAACUGAUAAAUUGAAAUCAUUGAAUAAAUCUGUUCUUACCGAAUCUUUGGAGAAAUUUUUGGAAUUACCAGACGUUGAAAAAUCCCAGGAACUCACCAACUGGGGUUGGAAAGUUUUAAGUGAAUUUGGGAUUGUGAGAGAUUCUUCAAAGUCGAAAAAGAAAUCAACCAAGAAACGGAAGAAGACUCAAUCUGAAUCAGAAGAAACUAAGGAAACUAAAUCAAAGUCUGUUGAAGAAGAAUGUAUAGAUGAAGAGGUCGAGACUAAAAAAGAAAUGAAGGCACGAGUCUUGAAGGAGAAAAGACAACGACGGAAGAAAGGAACAAAAACAAAUGAAAAUCUGGCUGAUGAAAAUGAAUCAAAAAAUUCGAAAGGUGACAAGAUUCAAAAUAAAACAAAACACAAAAAGAAGAAAAAGAAGUCUAUCGAAGUAGCUGCUUAGUGAUUUCAUCAUUCGUUUCUUUCACUGCCUGCCUUGUCAGUCAAAUCAUGAAAAUAAAUGACAAGCUAUUA